CUAUUCGCUCUACAGAACCGCGGCCCUUAGGAAAGACUCUGAAUCGAAUCGCGCUGUAAACUGAACUGUUUAAUAUAAGUGGGCGCAGUUAUAGUUCUGUAGAUAUACAGCUUGAUUGUCACAGUUUAGGAGGGAAAACUACACAACUUAGGUAGCCGUAAUGCCAUAUACGAAAACAAGGUUCCUAGCCAGCUGGCUACCUAGCUUUAUGUGAAAAGUCCCAGUAGUAAACGUUUGCUUCUAACUAGAUAUGAGUGCUAAUGGCUACCUAACGUGACGAAUAUUAGUUCUGUUGUAACUAGCAUAUAGAGGCGAAUGAGCAAAACAUUCCACUCUUUGUCUAGCUAGGUGGCUGUAGACUAACAUUACAGCUGUUUGCGUGCUUGUUGGAAAACCGAUUUGGCUAGCUAGCAUUAGCAAAGUUGGCAAGCAUCAGUUGCAGUGAUGUGUGUAAAUGGUGUUGUACAGCUACAGUAGUUAGUCUAGCAGGUUACUACGUCUGUACUAUCCGACCCAUUAUCUUCUUACUGUAGUUUGCGAGCUACACUGAUUAACUGGUUUGUAAGUAGCUAGCUGGCUAUAUCAAGAGGGGAACCACAGCAGCGCGUGGGGUAAUCUGUUACAAUGAAACAAUGUUGAUGAGGAGGAGGACGUCAAUUUUGUAAUAAUAAAAAAGUUAAUUAUGUCAAAAGCAGCUCUCAUGCUUCCGGGUGCGUUGCUGUAGUGUGGCUGGAUAAUGAAGCGGAUGGUCUGGGCCAUUACAAGCAUAAACAGACGAACGAUGAAGCUGCUGGUCGCCCUCGCUUUGAUUGCAUACAUUGCCUCUGUCUGGGGCACCUACACGAACAUGAGGUCCAUACAGGAGCAGGGAGAGCUGAAGAUCGAACAGAAGAUUGAAGAGGCGGUGUCCCCACUCCGGGAGAAGAUCAGGGAUCUGGAGCUCAGUGUUUCCCAGAAGUACCCACCUGUGAAGUUCCUGUCAGAGAAGGACCGGAAGCGCAUUUUGAUCACCGGAGGAGCGGGGUUUGUGGGCUCCCACCUGACGGACAAGCUGAUGAUGGACGGGCACGAAGUCACGGUGGUGGACAACUUCUUCACGGGCCGCAAGCGGAACGUAGAGCACUGGAUUGGCCACGAGAACUUUGAGCUCAUCAACCACGACGUGGUGGAGCCGCUGUACAUUGAAGUGGACCAGAUCUACCACUUGGCCUCCCCUGCGUCCCCUCCAAACUACAUGUACAACCCCAUCAAGACCCUGAAGACCAACACCAUUGGGACGCUUAACAUGCUGGGUCUGGCCAAGCGUGUCGGCGCCCGGCUCCUUUUGGCAUCCACGUCGGAGGUGUACGGAGACCCAGAGGUGCACCCCCAGAACGAGGACUACUGGGGUCACGUGAACCCCAUCGGCCCCCGCGCCUGCUACGACGAGGGCAAGCGCGUGGCGGAGACCAUGUGCUACGCCUACAUGAAGCAGGAAGGCGUGGAGGUGAGGGUGGCCAGGAUCUUCAACACCUUUGGCUCCCGCAUGCACAUGAAUGACGGGCGCGUCGUCAGCAACUUCAUCCUGCAGGCGCUACAGGGAGAGCCGCUCACGGUUUAUGGUUCAGGGUCCCAGACCAGAGCCUUCCAGUACGUAAGUGAUCUGGUGAACGGACUGGUCUCCCUGAUGAACAGUAACAUCAGCAGCCCUGUCAACCUGGGGAACCCCGAAGAGCACAGCAUCUUGGAGUUUGCCCGCCUCAUAAAGAGCCUGGUUGUGAGCCGCAGUCAGAUCCAGUUCCUCCCUGAAGCCCAGGACGACCCCCAGCGGAGACGGCCCGACAUUCGGAAAGCCAAACUGCUGUUGGGCUGGGAGCCUGUGGUACCGCUGGAGGAGGGCCUGAACAAAACCAUUCAGUACUUCAGCAGGGAGCUGGAGCACCAGGCCAACAACCAGUACAUCCCCAAACCCAAACCGGCUCGCAUCAAGAAAGGCAGGCCGCGGCACAAGUGAAGGAGCAAGUGCACGGUCGGACCGAAACCCGAACUCUUAAGAACGCGGCAGACCCAGGCUGCGAAAUGCAUUUGAGUGGGGGGGGAAAGGACGUUUCUCGAAUCACGCUUUGAGGACUGACUCCCUUCAGCCCUAAUGGAUGUGCCAUCAUACACAGACAUUCAGAACGGAAACAUCAUUCAGGAUGGAAAGAGGAGAGGAAGAAGUACAGGCCUCGUUAUGCACUUGUGUCAGAUGUCUUUUCUUAUUUAAGGACAAAGUGCGAGUUGUGUCAAAUGCUUGAGUGUGUCUUAUAAUGUUCUGGCUCAUGGUCUUGAUUUUUGAAGAGGCUUUUGUUUCCAGAGGUGGUUAUUAAAUGUAGGAGAAAUUAUUUCACUCUUACACAC